CAACCUGUUGUCUCCCGUUUCUCAGCCUCCGUCUUCUCCUCUCCCAUCCAUGCCAUCCACAAGCCCUAACUCGCCUGCGCCGCCCGAACAGGGAGAUACGAGUUUGAAGCCGUAGCAGCGUUCUUUCGACUUUGCAGUUUGGUGGGCGGAGCUUCUCGUAGCGCGGGCUGUCCUCGUCAACGGCAGCAAUGCUGUUUCAGUUAUGAUCAUGGACUAGUAUGGAAGGAGGAUUCGAUUUUAAUUGGAGCAGAUUGAAUUUUGGUAAAAUCAGGGAGGAAAGCACUAACCUUCAUGGAAGAAGAUAGUAAUAUUAGGUUCACAGGAAUUUCCUCAGGUUUGGCUGUUCUACUAUCUGAUAAUAAACCCAAGGGUAGUCCCCAAAAGUCCCGGUUGAUUUCUUAUUGUGAUGGCAUUGGUGAUCAUUCGGUCGAGCAGACGCUUGAGCAUAUAUUUGAUCUUCCUCACAAGUCAGUCCGUUCUACUAGUCUAAUAGACAUCAAUUUCAUCAGAUCAAUCUCGAGGAGCCAAAUUCCAAGAUUUCAGCUGGAAAAUGCUGUUGAUCGACAUAGAGAUGGUCUAUCCAUUAUUAACUGCGGUUCAUCUACAAGCACUGUUGUCAUAGAUAGUUCUAGUGUAUGCGGAGAUAUGAAGACCAUAAGGAAUCCAUUAAUUGUAGAGAGCCAGACAGUGUUCAGUAGUGCCCGAGCUAAUGCCUGUGUAUGGAAGGGAAAAUGGAUGUAUGAAGUGACAUUAGAAACUUCUGGAAUCCAGCAGCUUGGAUGGGCUAUUAUUCCAUGCUCCUUCACUGAUCAGAAAGGUGUCGGCGAUUCAGAUGAUUCCUAUGCAUAUGAUGGUAGGAGAGUUAACAAAUGGAACAAAGAUCCAGUGUCAUAUGGUCAAUCAUGGGUAGUGGGUGAUGUCAUUGGCUGUUGUAUAGACUUGGACAAUGAUGAGAUUUCCUUUUUCAGAAAUGGUGUUUCUCUUGGAGUUGCAUUUGAUAGGAUACAGAAAAUGAAUCCUGAGAAUGGCUAUUAUCCUGCAAUAUCCCUUUCUGAUGGUGAAUGUUGUGAUCUGAAUUUCGGUGCUCGUCCGUUCAAAUACCCUAUCUCUGGGUUUCUUCCUUUCCAGGCUCCUCCAAACUCCAGAGAUUAUGCUAAUUAUUUGCUCAGUUGCUUGACUAGAUUAUUGGAAGUACAAUGUUUAGAUAAACCUGGUUCAGCAUAUUUUGAGAAGUUGAGGAGGUUAAAGAGGUUUGCACCACUUAAAGAACUGUUUUAUCCCAUAUCUCAUGGUAUAAUGGAGGAGUUAUUUGAUGUAGUUAAUUCAAGCGAAGGGAGCUUUGAAUAUUUUGCAUGGGGUGCAAUUCCGUCAUUUUUUUUAGGUAUAUUUGGUGUUCAGGAAGCUCAUGAUUGUGCAAGUUUGGAUCAGGUUCUCGAAUUAUUUCUAGAGUUUCCUGGGUCUGAUUCACUGCUGCAGCAUCUAAUUAGGGCACUUUCAUAUGGUUGCAAAGUGGCCCCACUUGUACUGACAGAGUGCCCUUAUUCUGGAUCAUACCCAUAUCUAGCACUGGUGUGUUAUAUUCUCAGACACAGAGCUAUGAUGGUUCUUUGGUGGAAGUCACCGGAUUUUGAAUUCUCAUUUGAAGGGUUUCUUUCACUAAAGAGACCAAACAAGCAGGAUCUUCAUUGCCUCAUUCCAUCUGUUUGGUGGCCUGGUUCAUGUGAGGAUGUGGGUUGUGAAAGUAGCAUGAUGCUUACUAUGACGGCAUUGUCCACUGCUAUUGAUAAGAUUGAGGAGAAGCACAGGGAACUUUGUAGUUUGGUCAUUCAGUUUGUGCCUCCAGCAAUCCCCAAGGAGUUACCUGGAUCUGUGUUCAGAGCAUUCUUACAGGGAUUCAUUCUGAAGGUCAGAGGUAUCCAGAACAAGAUGACAACUUCUGUUGUUUCAAAUAACUCAGUAGUUGUUUCUCUGUACACAGUAAUCUUACAUUUCCUAUCUGAAGGUUUUAAAGUGGAGGGUUUAUCUGGUUCAUUGAAAGGCAUUGGAUUGAAUCUAGAGUCUGAUGUUGGAUUUCUUCACAGAGCUGGGAAGAGAAGGUUUCCACUUGAGUUGUUUUUUGUUGGUGAUGGAAACUGUGCCGGAGUUCGUAGAAUAGGCGGUGGCUUUUCCAAUCACCUAUUUAACUCUCAAUUUAGCGAGGAAAAAGCUAAAGUAGUACAAUGGGAUGAAGGGGGCAUGGAUGACGAUGACACAAGGAUAACACAUUCUACAAUGAAGAAGCCAUGCUGCUGUUCAAAUUCUGUUAAUGAUGUUGAAACAUCAAAACAUGGCAUUAUGCUCACAUCUGGAGGUUUCAAAGGUCUUUGUUCUCCUGUUCCGGUGAGAUCAACACAAGUAGUAGCCAUGAACUCCAGCAACCCUGAUGCUGGAAUUGUGGAUAAGCCUAGUACAAGCAAUCAAUCAGAAGCCUAUUCUGGAUGUGGAUCUUUGCAGUAUUCAGAAAGUAGAACAUCAUUCAUUGAACAUACCUUAGAUGUAUUGAGAGAGGAAGAGCUGCUCCAUACGAAGCUAUUGCUGUACCAUUUAGGUGUUGCCUCAAAUUUUAGGCAGGCAUUUUAUUACAUGUCUCAUCAAUCACAAUCCAUCUCUCUCUUAGAUGAUACAGAUAAACAAAUAAGAGAAAAAUCCUGCAUUGAGCAGGUGAAGCGUUUGAAAGAAGCUCGUAAUGCUUAUCGUGAAGAAUUGGUUGAUUGUGUCAGGCAAUGUGCAUGGUAUCGUAUCUCUCUAUUCUCUCGCUGGAAGCAAAGAGGAAUGUAUGCAACAUGCAUGUGGGUUGUGGAGCUGCUCUUGGUUCUAAGCAAUAGUGAUACUUGUUUUUGCUACGUUCCUGAGUUUUAUCUUGAGUCACUGGUUGAUACUUUUCAUGCAUUACGGAAAAGUGAUCCUCCAUUUGUUGCUUCUGCUAUUUUUCUCAAGCAAGGCCUUGCUUCAUUUGUCACAUUUGUUGUCAGACACUUUAAUGAUCCACGGAUUCUAAGUGCUGACAUUAAAGAUCUUCUCCUCCACUCAAUAUCAUCAUUGGUGCAAUGCAAGGAUUACCUGAUAGCUUUUGAAAACAAUAAGGAAGCAAUUCAUAGCUUGCCCAAGGCAUUGUUAUUGGCAUUUGAUAAUAGGUCCUGGAUACCAGUUACAAAUAUCAUUCUCAGGUUAUGUAAGGGUUCUGGAUUUGGUGCAUCAAAGCAUCUUGAAUCUUCAUCAUCAGCCCAUUUUCAGGUAUUACUUCGAGAGGCUUGCUGCAGUGAUGAAACUCUAUUUUCUUCAUUUCUGAAUCGUCUUUUUAACACACUAAGCUGGACCAUGACUGAAUUCUCAGUGUCUAUCCGAGAGAUGCAAGAGAACUGUCAGGUUGGUGAUUUGCAGCAAAGAAGAUGCGGUGUUGUUUUUGAUCUGUCAUGCAGUCUUGCAAGGCUUCUGGAAUUUUGUACGAGGGAGAUUCCCCAGGUUUUUCUUUUGGGGCCUGAUAUGAAUUUACGACGACUUAUAGAGUUGAUCAUUUUUAUUCUGAACCACAUAAUUUCAGCAUCUGAUGCUGAAUUCUUUGACAUGUCUGUCAGGCGACCUAGUCAAUAUCAAGAGAAGACAAAUCGAACUAUGAUCUUAGCACCUCUUGUUGGUAUUAUAACUAGCCUAAUGGAUGCUCAUUCUGAUUCAGAACACAAGGAUCUGAAUGAUGUCGUUGGAGUGUUUGCAAACAUGGAUUGUCCUGCUACAGUUUUUCAAUGCUUGCUAGGCUACAAUUGGACUACUGUUCUGAGAGGGGACGCCUCUCCUUCAAAGUUAAGGAAACUCGAGGAAUUUUCCAGCAAUCUGAGAAGCAGAACAGAGACCAUAGAACAUGGAGUAAUCGGUGACUACGAAGAGGAAAACUGCUGCUGCAUUUGUUAUUCUUGUGAUUCAGAUUCUAUGUUUGAGCCGUGUCAUCACAUGUCUUGCCAUGGAUGUAUCACAAGACACCUAUUGAAUGGCCAAAGGUGCUUCUUUUGUAAUGCAGUCGUUACCAAUGUUGUUAAACUGAAACCAAGAUUAGGAAGCCGAGGAGUCGGAGCCGAACCAUGGUCAGCCAACAGAGAUUCAUGAUCAUUGAUUUCUAUAACUUAGAAGCCUACAUUAUGUGCUGCUGUAGGGUUGAUAAAGAACCCUAUUUUUGGAGAAGAUCACCAACAUUAGUGUACAGUAGUUGCAACAAUGCAAUGGAAUAACAUACUCAAAACUAGUAUAUACCCAUUUAUAUAAACCUCUUAAUCUAUGGUUUAGCAUAGAAGUAUGAGGGAUCUACAAAAGGUGAAUUUUGUAGAGUCUAGGCAUUUUUUGUUGUUGUAUAUAUGAGAAUGUAACGAAAGAAAAUCUUCUCUCCAGUGUUUUCGAUUUAAAUAAGGAGAGGCUUGUGUAGGAAUUUUGCUUUGUUCCCCUUCUUUGCAUUGCUCGGAGCUAGAGUCGGUUUCUGGAACGCUCUCUCGUGGCAGGAUCAUUUUGCCCAGCACCUGCUUUGCACCAUGAUUAUUUACUGUACCUGCUAUAAAGGCCAAGUUAAACAUGCA